AUGUUUUUCAAAACUGCGAUUUGUCUACCACCUGUCAAAAAGAUAUUGGAGCCUAUUCCAAUACCAAGAGGAGAACAGCGAGCACACCUGCAAGAAGCAGGGUUGGUCGGGAAAGUGUGCUUAAAUUCGACCUGGAAAGCUCACGAAGUUGAAUCGGAGAUCGGGAGCCUUUUUGCUCCCUCUUUUGGACUUUAUAAAGACGACCCCUUUCCGUUCGUCUAUCUUAGGUAGGGAACGCUUAAAGUGUACUUAGUUAGGAAGGCUAGUGAGAAUUAAUGUCAAUGGGCGUCACCCGCUUUUCCCUUUUGGAGUGUAUAAUGAAUCAAAACUGUAUUUACUUUGGUUCUUCUAUAGUACAAUGCCAGGGACGAAGAAACUUUGUAUUCCAAAAACGUCUUCAUCUUUCGUGUGGGACGCUGGGGAAGUUCUCUCUGUGUGUUCCAGGGACAGUUUGUACAUCAUGGCAAAAAUGGAACCCCUGCGGUCAUUGAAACGAAAUUGCUCAAUGGUACGUAGCAGCUGUAUUAGUAUCAAAUGCAGUUUAGAACUAACUUGGACUUUAAGGUCGCAGAGGUAUACUGCAGUUGGCAGAACGAUCAACAGCGGGUCACACCAUGAAUUCGUAGUGGAUCACUCUAGAUCUCUUCAUUACUCUGGUCUUACUCAUCUACCUACCAUCUUUUCAGCUGUUAGGCAUUAUAACCAGCAGGUUUCUUUUAGUUUUCUUCUUUUGGAAUUUUUCUGUUAUUUCAAAUUUUAAUUCCGAUGGCCUUCAGGGAUGUACCAUUCUUUAGUAGUGGAAAAAUUAUCGUUUGGAUAGGAAAUUGUUGUCAUUAUCUUUGGCGUCAUAGUUUAAGGGCAUGUUGCCGAUCAUUCAACCCCUCAAACUUUUCCCUUCAAUAGGGACUAUCCGACGAGGAAGACGAAGACAGUAGCCUGAUGCAGCCAGUGUUUACUGAUUGGCAAACAUUGGCUGAACCGGAGCCUUCAACCACCUCGCCGGCUGCCGAUCCGCCGCAGUCUCUUCGGUCCUCGCGUGUGGUAAACACGUAAACCACGGAUAUCUUCCGGUAAGUCAUUGCUGUGACGCCAAUGCCAAAAAGGAAAUGUAAUGUUCCCCACUGAGAACUUCUAUAAUUUGCCUAUUUUCGGUUUUUAAGGUCGUAUAUGUCGUUAGUGGACGAAGAGAUCGAUCUGAUUUCCGACGACGAGGAGGACAGUGGGACCAGUGAUGCAAAGGACACAGCCGAUACUUCCUCAACACAGUAUGUUUAAAUGUCCACUUUUAUGCUUUUAGUGCAUAGGGCAAUUCUUAGCGUGCAGUUCAUAAAGGAGUUCUUGUGAAAAUGAUUUCGAUUGAAGUUUCAGUCGAUAGCGCGAUUCGCCGUUGUUUAAUUUAUAUAGAAUCGAAUAUGGACUUGACUUACUGGACAUGGACCCGGGGGGUACUCCCAUACAUUACCUAUACGGGUAUGUGCCGCCAAAAGGGGUCGUGAUUUGGAAGCUCCUGAUUUAGAACGGGGUAUCCAUUUCAGAGGCGUUUUGUAGAACGAGGUAUAAUAUUUCGAACGCAUCAAAGCUCCACUUUUGUAAGGAGCCAUUUGAAAUUAUUCAAGGACAGAUUGCUUUUAAAAAUACGGCUCAAUGCGUUAACAAGCAAACCGUUGUACUCUUGCUGCCCCCUAGAACGGAGUAUAAAAAAUUGGCCCAUUUCUAGAACAAGGUAUCAGUUUUAGGGCGAAUUCUAGAACGGGGUAUAAAAAAUUGGCCCAUUUCUAGAACGGGGUGUCAAUUUUAGGGAAAAUUUUUCUAGAACGGGGUGCCAAUUUGGAGUCCCGGGCGGCACAUACCCGCCCAAAAAAUACCCAAGUGCCCCCGGGACAUAGACCAAUCAAACAGUGAUUCGAUCGUGUUACAAACCUGCUAACAUAUAUAUUACCCAAUGCCCGGUUCGAUUGAACAAAUGUUGCUGGAAGAGCUUAGUUCCUUCAAUUUGUACGCAGUUAAUCGGCUUUCAGCGAUUUUACGGGGCUGUUGAUUUACCCCAAGUUUGCACAGAAUCGCAUGACGGUUUGAUUUUCGAUUCUGCAGUAAAUAAUGCCGAUUCACGCUAUCUACUGUACAACUUCAGUCAAGUUUACGAAUAACUUCUCUGCGCCCUGCCUGCAUAGCCUGUUCCUGGCUCUUGGGUCUGCGAAAUUGAGAAAGCGACAAAUUUAUUUGCGUGCCUUUCGCUUACGCACCAUCCCCAUUAUCUGAGAGCCUGGAACAAGCUGCGCCCUGUGGGAACUGUGUUUUUCCACACGUAGAACAGUAAACUUUGGAUCUGUUAAUGAUUCUUAUUAUUUUGAAUUUCAGUAACAACACUGCAACACUCCCUGAAAUACUUCAGGAGCUGCAAGGACAACUGAACCGGGAACAUUCAUCGCAUAUAAAUGUCCGAAGAAGUGCAAUUUGGUCUGAUACGUGUCGUCAAAUGUCGAGAAAAAAAUUCUCUCCCGGCAACAAUAUUUCGGUUAAGUUCGCGGACAACGUGGGCACUAGCGAGGGUGCCGUAGACGUUGGGGGUCCCAAGAGGGAGUUUCUAAGAUUGGCGGUUAGGUCAGCCAAUUCAGAUUCUGGAGUUUUCAUCGGACCAGAAGGAUGUAGGAUGUUAUAUCCAAACUCGCUUGGUAUGUAGUGUACCCCGGUCCUAUGGGCUUUUCUUCCGGCAAUUUAUUUCCACGUUAGAGAGAACAACUAAAAAUGAUGAAGAUGAUAGCCCCCCAACCUCUCCUAGGGAAGUAAUUUCAUGACGGCUUCAUACAGGUUUGAACAUGGUGAAAGAGAGAAAUAUUUAUCCCACGAUAAAUUUUCUUUAACUGUUUCUGUGCGAGGAAAAAUCUUAUUAAAAAAAAUCACCCAAGCCUAGUGGCUCGCAAAAAUAUUCCUACACUGGCCUAAAAAAAUUCAUGCGUGUGGGAAAUGUUUACGAAAAAACGUUAACGCGGCUCGGUAAUUCCCCAACUCUCCCUCAGAAGUUUUGACCUCUUAGUCUUGAUUAAGGCAGUUAUAUAUUUACUUUUUUAAAAAAACCUAAGGGAAAGACCACUUAAAGCUAAUUUGACUGUAAGUGAAAUUACGUAUUUAUUGGAAAAGAAAGUUUCUCAAGAUUUUGUUUCCUCACUAGUGUUAUGUUUACGUUCUUAAUGUUUUCUAUAGCACGUGAAAAAGACGCCUACCGUCUGGUAGGUCUAAUUCUGGCUUGGUCGGUGGUCCACGGCGGUCCCGGUGGAAAAUUUUUGUGCCCUACAUUAUACGAUUCGUGUAUGGGCCAGACGUGA